AUGUGCGACUUUAUGUUCACACCACCGAAGGAGACCAGGGAUACGUUCAUAUACACGGCGGCGAUAUCGCAAAUAUGUCGCCCUCAAGCGUAUAAUUUUGAGGGCAAUGCGUAUGCCAAGAAAAAGAAAGACACCCCAGCUGUGGAGGAAGGAGGGGAAGAGGAGGAGCACGACAAUGGACAUCAUCCGAAUCCUAAAGUGCCAGUGCAUAGAUUUGGCGAUACCACACCUGUAUCAUAUUUAUACCUCAACGGUCCUUGGCGAAAUUGCUAUGUUCGAUUUGGAUAUGAUCCGAAGCUAAACCCAGAAGCCGUGAAAUUUCAACGCCCACCGGGUAAUCGUUCACAAAUUUAUCAGCUUUGUGACAUUGAAGAUUCGGCCAUCCAAGGAGUAGUGGAAAACGAGGUUGAGAUUAACAGACUUGGGAAGACUCUUGACCCGACCAGUGGGUGGAUGGCAAAAUCAACGAUGUCGUCGAUACGAACACAACUGAAAGUACGUAGUGAAGCUAUGAGAAGAUUGGAAACUCCGGUGGCGAUGGCAAUUGAAUAUAUUGUAGACCCGAGAAGGAUCUUCCAUAGAUGCAUUCUUCACCUCCUCAUUUGCCUUUACAUACCCGGGGCUUAUUUUGCUGAUAGCAUUUUAGCGGCUUAUAAAACUCAGAUACUCGAAUAUCUCCGCAUCGAUCAUGAACAUUUUGCAUUAUUAUUUUCGUUGCCAUCGUUGACGGGUGUUCUCUGUGGGCCCUUUGGAGUGAUAGUGGCAAA